CAACGAACUUCACAGAUGAACUAUUCGACAAAACACAAUAUGGUACAAGGACUAUUUAGUAAUAGAACUUUAACACAGUAGAAGUCCCAAUUGCAAUCACAUCUAUCAUCUUCUUGCAGUUCAUACACUUAACACCACACUCGCCAAGUUUUUUUUUUUUUAAUUUGAUAACCUAGGGAAUCUCAGCCCCACGUGCUGCUUGAGCGACAACGGGGCCUACUAAACUACUGGGGGUACCUGUAUACUAACUGGGGCUUUCUGCUACCAACAUCGAAGAGGCUUCGCCUCCGAUACUAAGGGUGCCGCCACUAGAAAUCGAACUCAGGACCUCCCAAAUCCAGAGCUCAAUUGGUCCAAUGUUUCAUACACUCGCCAAGUUUGAGUUACAAUCCAAUCCAAUACAUCCAUCAUUUACCUAGUCAAUCGGACAUCAAUACCUCAAAUCUCCUCUCGUUCUUACCACGUAUGAGUCAGUUCAGGUUUUCUAUUAAAUUAUAAUCCAUUAGUAAAACUAUAUAUAGACUAAGAAAUUGACUUCUAAUUCUACAACAAACUUCACAGAUGAACUAUUCGACAAAACACAAUAUGGUACAAGGACUAUUUAGUAAUAGAACUUUAACACAGUAGAAGUCCCAAUUGCAUUCACAUCUAUCAUCUUCUUGCACUUCAUACACUUAACACCACACUCGCCAAGUUUUUUUUUUUUUUAAUUUGAUAACCUAGGAAAUCUCAGCCCCACGUGCCGCUUGAGCGACAGCGGGGCCUACUAAACCACUGGGGGUACCUGCAUACUAACUGGGGUUUUCUGCUACCAACAUUGGGGAGGCUUCGCCUCCGAUACCAAGGGUACCGCCAAAAACACUCAAGUGGCGCCACUAGAAAUCAAACUCAGGACCUCUGACUUCCAAAGCUCAAUUAAUCCAAUAUUUCAUACACUCGCCAAGUUUGAGUUACAAUCCAAUUCAUCCAUCAUUUAUUUCCCCUCUAGUACAGUACAUUAGUUUCCCUAUCCCCCCCUUUAUAUUAUUCAAAAUCCCUCACCAGUCAUUGCCUUCCUGGCAACACUCUCUGUCUCUGCCCUCCUUCAUUCAAUUCCCCUACUCUUCCCUCUCCCCUCCAACAUUUUGACCUGCCCUUUACUCCACUUCACUUCUUACCACUGUAAAAAAAAAAAAAAAAAAAAGAGGAAAGCAUGAACCUUUUUACCAUUCUACCCUCACCCCACUUCCCAUAUUCUCAUCCCCUACAAACCCACAUGACACCAAGGUCUCCACAUUAACUCCUGCCAUUCUUGGCCUUCUCUUCACUCUCAUUCUUCUUCCUCCCUCCCCACCAUAGCUUAGUAAAGCUCCAACCUUUUCAUCACUUCCUCCUCCUUCUGCAGCUUCUCAUCUACCAUGCUUCAUUCCCUUUCCCAUAGCUUUACACCCAAAUCCAUGGAUUGAGAAGUGGCUUUUUUAUUCCCUCCCCAAAUCACACUCAUCGCUAAAAGCUUCAACCUUUAUGACUUCCUUUCUCUUCUUUUGAAUCUCAUCCUUCCACUUUUGAUUCACUCUUCUUCCCACAAAGCUUUGUACCCACAAACCAUGGACUGGGUUUCCUUCCAAAUCAAAGAAAGCUCCAUUCUUUCCACUCCCCAAUUCCCACAACCGCCGCCCCCGCCGACACUCGCCGCAGCCGCCUCCGGUGACGGCGGCGGCGCGUUCAACUUGGAGAACAAGGUGAGUCCAAGCAUUCUACUAAUCAUAAUAAUCCUCGCCAUCAUCUUCUUCAUCUCGGGCCUCCUCCACCUCCUGGUCCGGUUCAUGAUCCGACCCGGAUCCGCACUUGGCCGCCGCGGCGACCAGGACUACGAACUAGACAGCGUCACGGCACUGCAGGGCCAAUUGCAGCAGCUCUUCCACCUCCACGACGCCGGCGUCGACCAGUCCUUCAUCGACACGCUCCCAAUCUUCCUCUACGACUCCAUCGUCGGCGGGCCCGCCGACAAGUCCGCGCCUUUCGACUGCGCCGUCUGCCUGUGCGAGUUCGCCGGCGACGACAAGCUCCGGCUGCUCCCGAAGUGCAGCCACGCCUUCCACAUGGAGUGCAUCGACACGUGGCUCCUCUCUCACUCAACGUGUCCUCUAUGCCGGUCCUCCCUCCUCGCCGAUUUCUCCGCCGCGAAUCACGGCGGCGGGAACGGGAGCAACAACCUCCUCACCUGUUCUCCGAUCGUUCUGGUCCUCGAAUCUGGCAGCGAGAGAAGCUCCCGAGAAAUCGAAACGAAUAACAACAACCUCGGAAGGACUAAUUCCAUCCUCAGCGCUUGCUCGUUAGUGGGUUACCAAGGGGACAACGAAUCGGGCUCCUGUCGGGUCGAAAUUCCGCCGCCGGAGGCGGAAACCGGGUCCGGGUCGGGUCAGGACAGGGUCGUCCGGGUCAAAUUGGGGAAGUUCAGAAAUGUGGAAGGCAGCGGAAAUGGCGGUGGUGGCGAUGAUAAUGUGAGGAGAUGCUAUUCGAUGGGCUCGUUUGAGUACGUGAUGGACGAGAGCUCGUCGCUGCAAGUUCCGAUCCGGUUUUCCCCUGCGAAGAAGAGGAAGCCGGCCGCCGGCGGUGCUCUGCACCGGCCUGCAAUGUCGGUCUGCGGGUGCGAAUCGGCGAGGGAGUUCGGCCGAUUCGGCGAAGGGAACGCGAGCAUUGUCCCGGCUGGGAACGGGGGCAGAGAAAGCUUCUCGAUUUCGAAGAUUUGGACGAGAGGAGGCAAGAAGAGUGAGGGAAAACAGGGGAUUUCGGAAACAGGGGAGUUGAGUUCGAGGAGAUCGGCAGUUUCGUUCAGGUUUCCGGUCAGCAGCGAAUUGGGAUUUUCCGGUGAACAGAGCUGCAGUGGUGGUGGGAAUGGCGGCGAGUUGGGCGAUGGAAAGACGCCGUCUUUUGCCAGGAGGACCUUGCUCUGGCUUGCCGGGAAACAGAACAAGGUGGUUCAUUCAAAUUUCACACCAGAUGUUUAGGCGUAUGGGUGGCUAUCACUUUUAGUAGUCCUUUUCCGGUUUGGAUUUGGAAUUUUUCUUUUUCAUUAUCUUCCCUUCGUGUAAUUCCUUGGAUUCUUUUUCGGUUUUGUCAAUGGGGGAGAUUUGUGGAGUGCAUGGAUUUGAGUAGUCAUAGGGGAAAGACAAUUUGAUAUUAGUACAACUAAAGCACAGUGAAAGAUUUUAGGCAAUUAAUUUUUCUACGGUAUUUUCGUGUCUCGAAUUUCACAUCAACUAAAAUGUUACGUUUAAAAGAUAGAUUAUUAUUUCUAAGGUAGUUUCUUAUUGCUGACAUAUUUUAUUAUUUCCUUAAGAAGAUUAUUAUUCAAAAUAGGUACAGAUGUCUAAUAGAUGAUUAUUAUUCAUGCAAGAAACUAGAAGUGAUCCUAAAAAUACCACUCAAAGAUCGUUAAACUACAACAAAAUAAUGCGUGUUCUUAUAAUAAUGAGAAACAUUGUCACAAAUCCAAGAGAGAGAAUUAUAUGUUUAACUAUAUCGUACUAUUUGAGAGUUAUAAAGUUGUAAAUUAUAGUUGUUUGGGGGUAAAAUUAUAAGUUAUGAUAUAAUAAAUAAGUAGAAAAUUGAGAGUAUAUUCUAAGAAAACUGAGAUGGAAAGAAAAAGAAAUAAGAUAUGUCGUAAUAAGAAAGAUGUUUACGCUCCUACAUCCUCUUUUAUUUGUUAGUUAGAUGACAUCCGUCGCGAAUCGAUCGUGCCACAUGGGUCGGAUUAAAAUUGCCACCAUCGACUCCGUUUCUUGCAAUUAGGUUAUCAUGUUCAAAAUUAGGAUGAGACGAUAAUUAUGAAUUCAUAGCUAGUAGUAUGAACCGUAUGGUCUUGUUGUAAACUAUAGCGAAGAUGCUCUCCCUCAUUCAAUUCAUGUUAACUUUUCUUUCUAGAGUGGUUGGGAGGGUUGAAAAGGGGAGGAAGUGUUAAUUUAUUCACAAUAAAAGUGAGCUGCUUGCCAUUACUGUUUGUGUAAAUGAAGGUCAGGAAAUGACGAUUCAGAUUUCAGAUUCAAAUAAAUUCGACUGCAUUAACUAGUUCAGGGGAACUUCCCCUUUUUCUACUAUUCAAGAUGAAGGUUUAUAUGGAGGGGAAAGAGAAGGGAGACUCUCGAACUUUGAAAUCUAAUCUUGCUGCGGCCAUCCAUUGUCUCGAUUACUCUAUCUAGAUCCGUAAAUAUCGAGAGUCAUACCACAACAGUUUUGAUGAACGAAGUGGUGGUCAUCGUCCUCAGUCCACACUAUCUGCUCAAUGAUAUAAUUGGAUAUUCGAUACCUAUUUCUAGUUAGACCGACGAAGAUUUCAGAUUCCGAAUUCGAGCUAUGCAUCUAUACUUGAUAUCAAGAAUUUUGUUGUGAUCUUAUCAUCAUCUUCCACAACUCAAAAUUGGAUUGUGAUAAGAGACUGAUGAGUGGUGACCGAUUCACAGACAUUUCGAUUGCCACGUACUUACGUUUCCUACAUUUUCAUUAAUGAAAUCAGAAGAAAAAGGGGCAUGAGGAAGUCCAUGUAUUUCAUUUAUUACCAUCGUAGAGAAAUUGUUGAUUGCUAGAGGGCUCCAACGACGAAGGUGGAAUGUUAGAAAGAGAUGGAUCGUAGGUUUCAAAGUUGGUCACGCAAGAGCUUGAAAGAAAACAGAGGAAGAAAAGCUAGGCCAUGGAUGGGUUGGAUGGAGCAAGGAAUGAAGGGAAAGAAAGAGAUGGAUGGAAGAAAGCAGAAGCCAAACUUGUUUUUGAAACGAUGUGGCUUUCAAGUUACAAUAAUGGCUCUCAUCUAACCAUAUUAAAUGAAGAAGAGGGAAGUGUCAGAAGAAGAACCACCAUGGUUAAAGAAGAGCUAGAGCUCGAAAGGGAAAUGGGAAACUACCGGAAAUUGCGCUAUGAUUUUGCUAGUGUUUUGAUAUUGAUAUUUUGGGAUGGAUAUUGCCAUUGAUGGUUUGGGCUUGGAUGGGGUCAGCUGGUUGAUUCCUGCUCUGGAGUAGGGAUGGCAAUCAAACCCAUGGCUGCGGGUACCCAACCGCCCCCGAUACAGUCAACGCGGGGAAUUCCCGCUCUGACCGGAUAUGGGGCAGGUAUGGGUAAAAUCCGCAAAAUGUUUGAUGGGUAUGGGGCGGGUAUGGUUUUGGCCUCCCCUGCCCCAUACUUAUACCCAUCCCACAAAGAGAAUUUCUUCACAUAUAAAAAAAUAUGUGGAUUAAAUUGUAAUCUAUCAAUGGUGAUAAGGAUAACUCGAGGAAAUAAAUAGUAGAAAUGCAAUUGAGUGACCCCUUUAAUCAAAAUCUAAUUCAUUUUCCUCAAUUCUACUUUCACUCUUUCACUUUCCCCCGCCCCUUGUCAACAAGAUUAUGUUAGUUAACUAUUACUUAGUAGAUGUAUCAGAAUCAGAAGAUAAUAAUUUGAAAAUAUUAUACUCUAUAUUAUGUAUUAAUGGAUGUUUUAGGAUCAUAUACUUUGAACCAUAUUAAGAAAAUGAUUGUGUUUUGUUGACUUCAUGAUAUUAUAGGUUUGUUUAGAGUUAUAAUUAAAACUUUUCUUGUAAGUUUUAGAUAUAAUAAUGUUGGAUGUACGGGUAUUACCCAUGGGCACCCGAAACCCACGGGUAUGGGGAUGGGUUUGCAAAACAUUCCCCGCAUAGGUAUGGGGCGGGUAUGGGUUUGGAUAGUUGAAGAUGGGGAUGAGGAUGGUUUAGACAAACCCGCCCCAUUGCCAUCCCUACUCUGGAGUUUUACUAUCGUUAUUGUAGAGGAUAUCACAAGUAAAGUAUGACAGUACACGUUUUAUUUUGCUUUUAAAACAAAUUUUGAACACCCUAGUGAAAUUGUAGAGAAUGUUAUCAUUCACCACACCCUCGAUGUCUAAUAAUUACCCACCUGUUCCGGAGGAAAUUCUCCUAAAUUAUCAAUAAUCGACUUGUAUGUUUAUUUAUGGUUAAUUGCAAGGUUGGUCACUGAGUUUACUAAAAACGUUCAUGUUUGGUCACUCAAAAUAUUUAAUUCCAUUCAUGGUCAUUAAGAUUAGUUAAAUAGUUUAAGUUUGGUCACUCUCCAAUUAUUAAGUUUUAUUUUUAUUUUUUAAUAGUUGUAAAAUGAGAAAAUUGUAAAUAUUUAAAUUUUAAUAUUUUUAAUGGUCACAUCACUUAUUUAACGGUCAACUAUAAUAGUUGACUGCCACAUCAGCAAAAACUAACGGAGACUAACGGAGAGUGACCAAACUUGAACUAUUGAACUAAUCUUAGUGACCAUGAAUGAAAUUAAAUAUUUGGAGUGACCAAACAUGACCGUUUUUAGUAAACCCAGUGACCAACCUUGCAAUUAACCGUUUUAUUUAUAGUGAUUUUGUGGAGAUCGUGGGUGAAAUACUAUCCUAUCUUCUGGGAUAUCAGUACGCAUCCUCCUUUCGGAUUGAAUUUUUUUCCACAUAUGGUGGAAUUUUUUUUUUUUACAGUCAAAUUGAUGGGAGAUGCUAAUUAAUUAAUAACCUCACGGGAGAACCGUUGGGGUUGGUGUAUGUCACGCUUUAAAUUUGGCUGUCGUGAUAACUAACACAUCAAUCUCUCCAUAUUAGGCCAAGUUAGUACGUUAACCAUUCUUAAUGGCUCAUGUGGGUUCGUCGUCCCUACUAGACUAGUGGAGUGGUGUGGUUAAAAUGUUAAAUAAACAACACAUUGGUCCACCUUUCCUUUCAUAUCCAUGUCAGUUUUCAGGACCUUAUAAUCGUGUGGGUUUCUGUCUAAUGAACAUUUUUCUCUUCAUGACUUUUUUGUAUCCUUUUGCUCUCUGUAUUUCUCAGUGUCUCUGUUGGGUUAGGACCAUGGUUGUCAUGCCGGUGACAUGUCACCCGGUUGAACCUGGUUCAACCUGUACCGGUCAUGAAACCGGCAUGACACUACUUGUAUGAUCGGUAUGAUCGACUUACACAUUUUAAGUUAAAUGACAUCAUUUUAAUGAAUUUAAUGAAUAAAA